AUGAAACAACCAAUCACCUUACUGUGUGAGCUAGUGUAUGAACUACAGCCCUCCUUACUGUGUGAGCUACUGUAUGAACUACAGCCCUCCUUACUGUGUGAGCUAGUGUAUGAACUACAGCCCUCCUUACUGUGUGAGCUAGUGUAUGAACUACAGCCCUCCUUACUGUGUGAGCUAGUGUAUGAACUACAGCCCUCCUUACUGUGUGAGCUAGUGUAUGAACUACAGCCCUCCUUACUGUGUGAGCUAGUGUAUGAACUACAGCCCUCCGUACUGUGUGAGCUAGUGUAUGAACUACAGCCCUCCUUACUCUUUGAGCUAGUGUAUGAACUACAGCCCUCCUUACUGUGUGAGCAAGUGUAUGAACUACAACCCUCCUUACUCUGUGAGCUAGUGUAUGAACUACAGCCCUCCUUACUGUGUGAGCUACUGUAUGAACUACAGCCCUCCUUACUGU